GCUAUUGGCAACAUUAGUCAACCAAAUUUGCUUGGUUCGAUGUACCAUUGAAAUUUCACGUAUGAAAACAUAUAAAUGGUUUCAGAUGUGUUAUAUCAUUUAAAGGGAUAAAUACUUCAAAUUUAAACGUAAGUUUGAUUUAUAUUGUGCUUAUUUUGAUAAUUAUUUGGCAUAUCAAUUUUUGGGAGGCUUAGUUUGGCUAAAUUUUAGUCUAAAUUUAUCCAGUUACUGACCUGUGGCUGUGUUAUGUUAAUUUUUUUUUUGUAUUUAAUUUAAUUAUGUCUGUAGCUAGCAUAGGCCUAUAUAUUAUAUAAAUUAUGCUAAGAUAUAUAAAUUAGUAGAAUCACUGAUGGUUAAAAGUUUAUUUUAGACAUAGCAGCUAAAUUAAAUAGGGAUAGUGUUUGUGUAAUAAAUGUCUCAAACUCAAGUCUUAAAGUAGUUAAAGUACUGUCUUUUCAUUUCAUAACUCUGUGUUUUUGUUUGCUAAACUUACAACUUUCACUCAACUAUUUCUUCAAAUUUAUAUUUACUGCAAUCAAGCUCAUGCCUUUAAAAAAGUGGGGGGAGGGAGGAUAUUAAAACCUUCAAUACCGUCUGCUUGGUCUAUUCCUAAACUACAAUUCAAACGCGACAGUUACCAUGCAUAUUGACAUGCAGAUAUUAAAUCUAGACCAGAUUUUUUAUUAAAAUUUUACUUGUUUUGAUGCUGUAUACUAUGAAUUAGUGUCUAAUUAUAUGAAAUAUUAAAUUGUUUAUUUGAGGUUUUACAUGAUUCGCUAGCGUAUCAAAAGUUUGUUCAGGAAUAAUAAUGCAAUAAGAUAAUUUAUUAUUUUUAUUUUGUCAUAUAAAUCUCAUUAGAUAUACCUGGAAUUAAAGACAGAACAUUGAAGAUGUCGAUAGCCAUUGCACAAGCAAGAUAUAUUUUUGGCCUGAAGCCUCGGGUGUCAGGAAAUAUUUGCUAUCAUGAUGAGCAAACUAUUGUCUACCCCGCUGGAGCCAACUGCAUUCUUUAUAACAUUGAUCAGAAGACACAAAAAUUUAUUCCUGGUAAGGUUAAUUAUUUCAACAUCUCAGUUGAUUCAACAAUUUUUGAAGUAAAAAUUCUACAAAAGGUAUAACUACAUGAUUUCAAUCAAUAAAAAAACUUUAAAAAUUUAAUAAAUAUUUAUAUACUGUACUGAUUUAUCUGUAUGCUCAGCCCUGAGCAAAUGUUCAGAAAAUCAAAUGAAUUGAUUGAAGCUUUGAUCUACAACAUUUAUUCGUAAAAAGGCUAUUCUGUCAAAUAAAUGUGAAAAAUAAUAAAACCAAAAUGUCAUCACAUUUACUUUUAAUUUUAUUAUAUCUAUUUUUAUAGCUGAUACAACUAAACGCUAAAAAAUCCUCGGAAGAUCUCUAUACUUUUUAUUAUUCAUUUUUAGUCAAGAUUAACUAUUUAUUUUUGAAUUUAGUAAAAAUUUUCUUAUUUUAAACCCAUUUUAUAGGUACUGACAAAUGUGAAGAAAUGACAGCGUUGGCUGUGAGCUCUAAUCGGAGGUAUGUAGCAAUAGCAGAAAAAGGAGAGAAGGCUACUAUCACAAUUUAUGAUCUUCACUCCCUGCGCAAAAAAAAGGUGCUCAGUUCCAAUGAAGUGCAGUCAAUUGAAUAUGUUAGUUUAGCAUUCUCUCCAGAUUCAAAGUACCUCAUUGCUCAAGGAGGAAAACCUGAUUGGACAUUGCUUUACUGGACAUGGGAAAAAUCAAAAGUUAUGGCAUCAACAAGGACAUCAAAUCCCCAGAAUCCAAACUCAGAAGUUUAUCAGGUAUGUAAAACUAUGUUACUCAGUCUAUUAAGAACAAUCUUUGCAACUUACUUUAUCAAAGAAGAAAUUAACAGUACUUGGAGGCAAUGGCAUAACAUGGAUUGCCAGCAGCUGGAGCAAGGCAGUUAUUGUGCCCUCUAAUGUGAGGACCACUCACACAUGUUACCUCCAACUAACAAUAUAUAUUGUUUACUUCUUUCUCUCUUUUUUUUUUUUUUUUUUAAACCCCAAAAAAAUUUUUUUUUUUUUGAACCACCAAUAAAAUUCUGCAACCUGUAAUUUGUGCACCUCUCUGCAACCCCUACUACUACGUUACUACUCAUUGGGCUUUGUUAGAAGCUCUUAUAUACAGCAGGAAAAAAAUGAUUGUUCUCAAUUAAUUUAUUUUAGAUCAGCUUCAAUCCUCAAGAUAACACCCAGCUUUGUGUGGUGGGCAACACAGUGUUUAAAUACUUCCGCUACAGUGAAGGAAACUUAAAGCCUUUCAACUUUCAAAAGACAGAGCCACAGAACUAUCUCUGUCAUGCUUGGGUCUCUGAAGAUAGAAUAAUCGUCGGCACUGAUUCAGGAAAGGUCUUGUUGUUUGAAGCUGGAGAGCUCAAGAAAGAGUUUAAUUUGGUGCCAGCGGACUGGUAUGUCAAUUGUGAUCACAUUUUCUUGUUCUAAUUAUGUGCUCGUGUACUCUUUUUGUUCUUUUCAAGUGUUCAUUUUUACCUAUUAUUUUCUUACAUGACAAGACAUGUUUCUUGUAAUUAAAUAUGAAAGUCCAAUAUAUUUUGGAACCUGUUUUAAAAAUAUGAACAUUUUAAGCAUCCUCUCUAAAGCUAAGAAUUUAAAGACAAUGGAAGGCACAUACAUUCGUCUCUUCACUAGCUCACAGAACCUGCUGCUGUUCACUCCACUGAUAGAUGGGCAAGGUUUACAAAAGAGCGUGAAUAGAGGGAAUGUUAACUAACCCUGCCCAUUUCUAAGAAAGGGCAGGGAGAGACACCAAUUUAAAAAUGUCUUAUUUGGUUAGAAUGGAUAUAAAAAAUUACAUUAAGCCACCCUCUUCCCAUCCAUUGAAGAGGGAUUGCAGGUUGACUCUAUCAAUUGUAUGUAAGGUUUGGAGACAAAACAAAUGGGUUUUUCAAAAAAGUAUUUGUUAAUUAGGCAAUCAUGAGCUUUCUAGUACAGUCCCUUGGCCGAAAGGAAUUAAUACAAAUGUAUGUUUUGCUUAGGUUAAUUGAGGAUUCAAGUAUGCCAGGCAAGAUCAACACAACAGCCAUAGUCUCCUACUCAAAGGGUUUUGCAUGUGCAUUUGGUUAUGGCACAGUAUUCUUGUUUGAGAAAACUGAAGACAAAGACUUUUUCAAGAAGUCAAGAGAAAUUACAGUAAGCUCAAACAAAUUAUUUUAUUCUCAUUUAUACCCUCAUGUAUUCCAUGAUCAUUUAAAACUGUUCUGAUUCAAACAUGCCGUCCUACAAUUUUCAAAUCAAAAGAAUUAGGAUAUUAGUUCGUUUAUGUUAAUAUAUAUUUCAAAUAGUAUUUGAAUUGCAUCUGAACUAUAGAAUGAUUAAUUGAGAUUUGCCAAUUUAAUUUCAGAUUCCCCCUGAUCCCUGUAACAAUCAAGAUCCAUUUUUAAACCAACAACAAUUAUUUAAUUGCUUGACAAUCAGUCCAUCAGAAGAAGUUCUUGUUGGAAGUACUGACCAAUCACAGUUGUUCUACUUGACACUUUCAAGUGCUGACCUAAGUAAAGUAAGUAGCUUUACCAUUUUUAAUAUAUUGUGAAAUUAACAAUUUUAAUCUAUAACCUUUUCACAUACUUUAAGUAAGAUGAACUAUGUUGGUUUAUGAUAAAGUAAUUGCCAUGAUGAGAUAUAUCAGUACAUUUUUUUUGUGUAACAUGGGUUAACCAAAUAAAAGGGACAUAUAAAUGUAUAUUUCAAUUCUAUUUUCUUCAGGGUGACCAAGCAUCAUUUGAAGUGUUAUCUCAAAUUUUUCACAACGCUCCUAUCACAGGCCUUGAUGUUUGUAUCAGAAAACCUUUGAUUGCAACUUGUUCAAUGGACAGAUCUGUCAAAAUCUGGAAUUAUGAGACCUGGUAAUUUUAUUUUUGUAGUUAUUUCAAUUUUUAUUAGAUUGAUUUAACUAUUCAAAAUCUUUUCAUGAUUGUAGAUCACUUGUAUAAUGUGGUAACGUAGGCUAUAACUUCCCUAACAUAAGGCAAUCCAAAGAAAAACUCAUACAGUUUCUAGGUUAUGUAUUUUAUAUAUCAUAUAAAUAAAUGGUACCAUCGCAGUGUUUAUGGGCAAUUUUUGUAUUAUUAGAUGUUGGUUAUGACAUUAAAUGCAUAUAUAUCUGAUUCAUGGAAUGCUGCAGAGCUGAAAUUUGGUUUACAGUUUAGCCUAAUUUCUUCAUCAUCUUCUUAGUUGAAUAAGGACACUUUUUUUAUAUUUUCUAAUGGUGAAGCAAUUUUUAAAUAUAUUUGAAAUAUUAAAAAAUUAUUGCUGACAUUGCAUUAAAAUGUAAUCUUCAGCAAUUUGGAGCUUCACAAAGUAUUUGCAGAGGAAGCUUAUAGCAUAGCCCUACAUCCAUCUGGUCUAUACAUUCUAGUUGGAUUUAGUGACAAAUUGCGCUUGAUGAAUUUACUGAUUGAUGAUAUCAGGACAUUCAAAGAGUUUACUGUCCGCAGCUGUAGAGAGGUAAGAAAACUGUGUUAAUUUCUAUUUAUUUCUUUUGACAUUGUUGCUAGUUAGAGCAACAGUUUGUUAUGUCAUGCUAUUGUUAGAUGUAUGCUUCCACUGGUCAGCACAAGACAGGUGUGUUGGAUUUGCUGACUAAGAGGAAGAGGAUUAUCACAUGAGUCCACCAACUGGGAGGAAGGGAUCAUUGCUCCAUAGACCGGACCAUGAGUUAGCAAUUGUCAAUAAAGUUAUAAGAUAUUCCAAAAAGUAAUCUUUACAGGUACUGGCUUUUUUUGAGUAAGGUGUAUAUGAAAUGAACACCAAAGGAUGCUACAUACUUAAGCAUGCACAUUGGCACUACAUGAAGGCCCUGUCCAAAGAAUUUUUAGUUUAAAUGGAGUAAAAGCAUUUACAUUAAGCAUUUUCUAAAUUUUUUUAAAACAUUAUUUGUAUUUCCUCUAAUGCUUUCUCCUUCAGUGUGCAUUCAGUAAUGGUGGUCACUUAUUUGCCUCAGUAAUGGGCAAUGUAAUACAGCUGUACUCCACCACAACAUUUGAGAAUGUUGCCAACCUCAAAGGUCACAAUGGGUAAAUAAAUAUAUUUUUGGAAUAAACAUUAUUUAUUUUUUUAAAAUCUGACUUAACUUGACUUAGAAGUGAGCACUUGAGAAAUUCUAUUUAUUUUAUUUAAGAUUAAAACUAUUUCUUUUACCAAUACUAUCUAGAGUCUAGAAUAGGUCAAAUUAAGUCUAAUUGGAAUAAAUAAUAUAGUGAUUAUCUCCAUUCUAUAGGAAGGUAUCAUUUGCACAAAAGCCUCUGCACAUCAUAUCAAAACUAUAUUAGCUCAAUGGCUUCCAGCGGAUUCCAAAUAUAUUUUUUUGUUUACAACCCCCAAAAAUUGUUUCAUGUCAUUUUAAAUUUUACAAGCAGUGUGUUUUAAUGAGAUGCAUCUAUGAACCCAUCACACAUCUUUCAAAAUCCAACUAUCUUACAAGCCAGAGUUUAUUAAUCAUUGUCUUAGCUUAAGAUUGGAAUUUAAUGGAGGGUUUCUUACAUUUGUCAUUCAGAAAAGUGAAAGCUGUAGUAUGGAGUGCAGACGACAGUAAACUUAUUUCUUGUGGAAUGGAUGGGGCAGUCUAUGAAUGGGAUAGCUACAGUGGGAAAAGAACAAGUGAGAGUGUUAUGAAGUCUUGCAACUACACAAGUGUUGUCAUCACUCCUGAUGGGAAAACAACAUUUGCUGUUGGUUCAGACAAAACUUUGAAAGAGAUAGCUGAUUCACACGUGAGUGCAACAAAGAAGUUAACUUUGAGAGCUUAUUUAUAGGUAUAGAAAAUACAACUUGAUGGAGAUGCAAGAUAAGAAUUCACAGCACUUUUAAAGAUGUUAAUUGACGUUAUUAGAAAUCUAAUUAAUAGAAUUGCUGCUUUAUACAGCUUAGGUUAUCCAUACUUUCACUGUAGAAAAGUAAAAGUGCAUAGUACAAUAAACAAGUUCAGUGGUCGGCAAAUUGCGGCUCCUGAGCCACAUGCAGCUCUUUGGUGACCUGCGUGCGGCUCGGCCAGCCGGCCACAAAUCGGUUUUAACUCCAAAAAACAUGGUUCUUGACAGUUUCUUGAAAAUAAAUUUGGCUCUAAAAAUUUUUUAAUCAUUCUGCAGCUGAUUUUUGGCUCUUUUGACUAAUGAGUUUGCCAACCACUGAACUAGUUAAUAUUAUGACUAUACCUUAGUGACUGAUUUAUGCCAAAAAAAAUGUUUUGAGUAUUUGCUUUAAGUGACACAAUAGUUCAUUUCUUCUUUUUUUAGGUCUUGCGAGAGGUGCCGGCCGGGGACAUGACACUAAGUACAGUUGCUAUGUCCCAUUCGGGCCGCAUGCUGUUCGCAGGUACCGUGAAAGGGGCUUUAUGGUCAAUGAAGUUUCCUUUGGCUGUUCCUGGGGACUGGACAGAAUAUCAAGGUCAUGGGGCAGCCAUUGUGAAGGUAGGAUUGUGAAUGACUUUUGUAGGACUGAAAUACUUAUAAAAAUAUAAAAAUGAUUAAAUUUUAAAAAAUACACACCAUAUUGAUUAUUUUGUAAAUUGAAAAUUUUCCAGGGAUGCUGCAAUUUAUUUAAAAGAGAAUGGAAUAUUGUCUUAUCAAGUUUUAAUUUUAAAUGUUCCUCCUGCUUUAUUUAAUGACACACUUUUCUUUUCUGCUCACCAGAUGAAAAUAACAUUUGAUGACCAAUACUUGGUGAGUGUGGCAGAAGAUUCAACAAUCAUGCUUUGGAAAAUCCAAGACAAAGAGGGCAGAGGAUUGAAGAGAGACAAGGAGAUUGGCUGGGCUGAGGAAAUUCUCAUUACAAAAAGUGAUUUGGAGGAAAAGGUAAAUAACAAAUAAUAUUAGAUAUAUAUAUCAUUCUGGUGUCUUUCAAAUGAAACUUGUUUAACAAUAAUGUCUUUAACAUUUAGUGUAUAUUUAUCAACUCUUUCCAUGUUUUUAAACCCCAAGGUUAAUGAAUUUUGAUUUCUGUCAAGGAAAAGCCCCUUCUUAUGAAAAUGAAUUGAAUUAUUGAAAUGUGUUUUUUCAGAAUUCAACUGUUGCAGACCUAAAUUCACGUGUAGAAGAAUUGAAGAUGGAAAAUGAGUAUCAACUUCGUUUGAAGGAUAUGACCUACAAUGAGAAAAUGAAGGAAUUAACUGAGAAAUUUAUACAAGAGAUGGAAUCUCUGAAGACCAAAAACCAGGUAUAAUGUUGUGAAACUCACUUAUAAUAUUACCUCAUUUCUGACUUUACUUUUUUAUACUUAUAACUCUAAAUGAUGACAUUUUUAUCUUUUGAACCAUUGCCUCCAUUUUUCUUAAUACAAUGGAAUAAUACAAACAUUUUAAAACUUUCCUAUUUUUUUUGUCAGAUAUAUUUAUUUUUUUUUAAUUAUUAUUGUUUUUAGGUAUUAAAAACUGACAAAGACAAAGAAGAAUCCAAGCAUGAAGAAGAGUUAGCAGAGAUCAUGGACAAUCAUGCCAAGGAACUCCAAGAUUUAGGUCAGAUUUUGCAAAUCUUUUUUUUAGAAUACAAAUAAAAAUUUUUUUAUUAAUUAAUUGUAAAUAUAGAAAAGUUCCCUCUAAAAUGUAAACAUUUUUUAAAAAUUUAAAAUUCACUUAGCUAAUUUUUAAAUGUAUCCAGUAUAUAUAAAAUAUAUUUUUGUAGGGAAAAUGGUUUUUAAAGGACUUUUCAAAUUCUCAAUAACAUUACCUAAACAACAGCAUCUUACAGCAAAAUCUUUAAAUUAAAAGCUCAGUUGAUUUUCCAAUUAUCUAGUAAGCACAAAGAUUUGCAAAUAAAUUAAUUAAUUUGGUAAACAACUAUCACUUAUAUAAAUUAUCAUAUGUUGGAUUCUAUUGUUUAUAGUCAUUCCAACCAUUUGUUAAAUAUCUUCAGAGUCUGCCAACAACCAGAAAUUAAUGCUGGAAUAUGAGAAGUUCCAAGAACAGCAAGCCAAAAUGAUGAAAAUGCAAGAAGAUUAUGAGAGGCAGCUUCAGGAGAUGGAGGAGAGCAAAGAAAAGGCCUUAGAGGAACUGACAGAGUAUUAUGAGACCAAACUGCAGGAUAUGACAUCAAAACUUGAGCAGGUGAUUCAAUUGGUCUUUCUUAAUAUCCAACUAUUAUUUUAAAAAAAGAAAGAAAUAAUCUUGAAUUGGACAUGUUACUUUACAAGAACUCAAUAACUUAAAAGAAGUUAAAGCAUUUUUUUAUUCCACUGUGAUUAACAUACAUGUUUUUACAUACAGUUUGCUAACAUGGAGGGGAAAAAAGGGGAUAAGAACUGAUCUAAUAAUAUUAUUUUACAUUUAAGCAUUGUGCAAAAACCAAUUGUCAGCUAUUGUCAAAAAACAUGAGUUAAUGAAGUUUCCUGCACAAGAAGCUGCAGCGUCUAUUUAAUCUAGUUUCAUUUUUUUGGAUUUUUUGGGUAUAAAAGAGAUGGAUGAUAUUAUUUAUUUUUAGCAUUGGAUAUAGUGCAAUAUCAAGUAUAUUUCUGGAAUAAAGUUUACAGAAAAAGUAUUUAAAAAUGCAUCAUUUGAUAUAUUUUUUAAUAGUUUCUUUUUGGCUCCUGUUCUGAAGAGAGACUAGUGCAGAUUUUUAUAUUACUCUGCCUGGUUAAAAGCGAGGUCAACUUGAUUCCAGCAACUUUGUAACACAGCCAUUGGUAUGAAAUGAUGUUUAAAUAUAUUAUAAGUAUAAAUACCUUGUAAAAAUAAACAUUAUUCACAACAUAUUAUCUUCUACCAAUAGAGCAAUGAUGAAGCUCGUCAGCAGAAUAGAGAAUAUGAGGAAACAAAGAAACAGAUUGAAGAAGAUGGAGAUAGAGAAAUACUGGAUAUUAAGCAUCAGUAUGAGAGAAGGCUAAGGGAUGAAAAAGAAGCAAAUAUGAGGCUAAAAGGAGAGACUGGCAUUAUGAAAAAGAAGGUAACUGUGCCGGCUAAUAUUUGAACAGUUGAGAAUCACUAAAUAUAUUAUGGCUCUUUCCUUGUUCAAAAUUAAUUUCAUGUGUGUGUGUGUUUUAAUGACUCUGCCAAUGCAAAUUAUGUUUAUUCUUAAAAAUCUAGUUUACAAGUCUCCAAAAAGAAAUUGAUGACCACAAGGAAGAAAUAAAGAAACUUCAAGCAGAGACAUCAAAACUCAGCAAUGUCAUCCGCAGUUUAGAGAAAGAUAUUCAAGGAUUAAAGAAGGAAAUACAAGAAAGGGAUGACACAAUUCAGGACAAAGUAGGAUUAUUUAUCUCACUUUGGCUUUGUUUUUUAAAAUUAUUUAUAUAUGUUCUCAUCUGAUAAAGGGAGCGGAGCUAAUAAGCUAGAUACUAUUGGUUUUUUAAAAAACGUUUUAUUAUAUUUUAAAAGUUGUAACCUUUUUUUUUUUAUGAGACAAUCAUAGGAUUGUAAAGUAGGCAUUUAACAAAUAUUGUAGUUCACCAUUUCUUAGUUUUGGAUUGUCCACAAAUAAUCUAUACUCAGAAAUUUCAAGAGGACUUUUAAAGAGGAUAACAAUAAUGUAUUUUUAUUCUCCUUAAAGGGAUUUUUAAUUGAAGAUGAACCACAUUAUUAAACUAAAUGUGACUGAUUCAAAUGUAAUGAUGGGUAAAAAAAAACAGGGAUCUGCAAGCCCUCACUGUGUGGAAAAGGUGAAAAAUUUAAGAAACUUGUAAAAGAACAAUAAAUUUGUUACUGGUUCCUGCUUCAAAGUGGAUAGACUCCUGCUGGUCUGCCAAAAGAAAAGUUUGAGAACCCUUCAGUAGAGGAUUGGUUUAUAAAGGUUUAUUUCAUACUAUGUCUCAUUUUCUAAUUCCUCAUACAUAGGAAAAGCGAAUCUAUGACCUGAAGAAGAAGAAUCAAGAACUGGAGAAGUUCAAAUUUGUUCUCGAUUACAAGAUCAAAGAACUGAAGAAACAAAUUGAGCCCAGAGAAAUGGACAUAAAAAAUAUGAAGGAGCAGAUUCAGGAGGUAAAAAAACAAACUUUAUCUUAAAGGCAGAAAUUUGUUUUGGUGAAAUUUAGAUGACAGGAAAUGGGAUAAUACUCUUUGAAAAAACUUAUUUUAAAAUUGAACUCCAAAUAACUAAAGAGUCAAAAUAUGUUAAUAAAUCACCUUUCCUUAAUUAAAUUAUAUCAGUGAUAAAACUGAAUUUAUCAGAAAUCGCUGGAAAUCACACAAAAAUAAUCUGGUUUUCAUGAUAGAUCAUGUGAAAAGUUUUUAUUAAAUCGUAAGGAAUCACUUUUUUUCAGAUGGAGAGCGAGUUAGAGAGGUUUCACAAGCAAAACACUCAGCUUGAACUCAAUAUUACUGAACUGCGUCAAAAGCUUAAGGCCACUGACAAAGAAAUGCAUCAAGAGCGACAGAAGGUAAAAAAAUAUUUUUAAAAGACAAUUUUUAUAAGCUUGUUCAAAUUUCAAUAGUUUUUUUUCAUUAAUAAAAAUGGGAUUACAAACUGUUAAAAGUUUAAGUGUAUUCUUUGUGUUGUUGCUACUAAGUAUUGUUGAAAUAAAAAUGCUUGAUUUCACAAAUUCAAUCAUGUUUACAUAUGGUCAUUACUUUGCAUUGCCUCCAUUAACCUACACAUUGAUUGGAAUGGCAGGUCCGUGAUGUGGAAGCUAUUGUCCGUAGAUUUAAGACAGAUCUUCACAACUGUGUUGGGUACAUACAAGACCCCAAGAUGUUGAAGGAAAGCAUAAAAGCGCUUUAUCAGAAGCAUGUCCAGGAAGACAUUGUAAGUUAGGUAGAUCUGUAAUAAACCAGAGUUGGGAAGUUUGACAUCUGAUCAUGAUAGACCAUGUUCUUUCUACCAUAUUUAAAUAAGGCAACGCAUGCCAGUUUCCGAUUAAGUUUUAGUAAAAUUGCUUUGAAGUUUAAUCUUUUUACACCACUUUGGUUUUUUUAAAAUAAAUUACCUUUGUAUUUCAGAAAGUAAGUGAUACAAUUGUCAAACUAAAUGCAUCAAGUAACUUUAUUUAUAAUUAUUGCAUUGCAGUUUUGUUUCAUUUUUGUUUCAAUUUGCAGUAUUUUAUUAUUGGUGUGCUAUUUAAUUGAUGGUUAUUAUGUCUGGAAAUAACUAAGCUUAACUUGAUUUUUGUAAAAUCAAUUGAAUGGAUUUAAGUUCUUGAUUUUCAAAUUCUAACAUUAUGAUCUUAAAAUUAAACAUGACUUUAUUGCUUUAUAAUUUGAAAGUUACUAUAAUAAUAAUUAGUGAGAAUACUCCAAUAAAAAUGUGUUAUUUACUUACUAGUUAUACCUGGGACUUAUUACAGAAACAAUUUUGAACCUGUAAUCAUAACAUUGCAUGUGAUUUUCAGACUGAGUCUGCAAGUGUGGAUGCAGAUAUACAGAAAGAAUUUAGUAGACAAAAAGAGCAUCUUGAGAGAUCUGUGGCUAGCUUGAGAAAAAAAUUAGAAAAAGAUUCAGAAAUUCACAAGGCUGAUAAUGUCAGAAUUAUGCAGGUAAAUUGGACCCAACAAUUUAAACAAUGAAACAUGCUGGGCUUGUAAGGAACAUACGAAAGAAAAGGAGAAUAAUAACUGGACAGUUUAAUUAUUCCUCAAGAGUAUACAAAUAUUUCAUAAAUGAAAAAAAGUAAAUGAUUUUAAAAAAAGGGACUUUUUUUUAACGGGGGGGGGGGGGGGGGGUUUACCACUUUCUGCAAUUACCAAGAAAAAAUGUAUCGAACAUCAAAAGAUAUUAAAUUUGUAUAAUAAUCUUUUGUCCAUUAACAACCUCAUUGCUUAGCUAAAAAUUAAAAAAUCACUUUAAUAGAGCUUAAAAAUAAUAUAAAAUUCUGUGUUUGUAAAUAAUAUUAUGAAAAUAGUAUAUUAAUGUAAAAUUAUUAGUAAAAGGAUAGAUCAGUGGGAUAACAUCACAUUUUUUUAAUCUUAUCCACAAUUAAAAAAAGAACCAGAAGUGACAGGCAGAGGCGGAUUUUAUAAAUGUUAUAAAGUGUUAAAAUAAAAAGGUCUGCAUUUAUUCCUAAAGAGAGCUGCGAGUUGCCAACCACUGUCCAGUAUUCACUUAACCAAAAUUCCUUGCGCAUCUUCUGUACCUCAUUAAUUUCUAAAAGGACUAGAUUUCCAUUACUCACACUAUUCUUCCUCCAAUAGGAAAAUGUAACUUUGAUUAAAGAGAUUAAUGACUUGCGUAAGGAGCUGCGAAUCUGCCGUGUUCUCAUCCAUGACAUGGAGGCAGCGAUGGGUUUAGACAUGCGUAACAAAAAAUCUGGGCCUACCAUCCCACUACCACCAAAACCAGCCGGACCACUUGUUGAAAAGGAAUUAGAGGAACAUAAAAAGAUUAUAGAAAUGCAACAGGUAAGAAGAUGUUACAAAUUUGUUUAAAAGUUAUAGGGUUGGAGUAUUUACCUUGAGCUUCUUAAACUGAAAAAUAUUGCUGAUGGAUAAAUCAAACUGUCACCAUUUUUGUCACAAUUUACUUACAACAGCAAAUAAUAGAAAUUGUUAAUGUUUCAAUAAGUUAUUUUUUUAUGUUCACCACCAGAUGGAGCUAAAGAGACUGCGAGAUGAAAUCUAUGACCUAGAAUUAACUCUUGGUUCAAGACCAAUUUCUCGACAGCGACUUCCCCCAGUUUCUCCUGUUGCAUGAUAAAGCCAUGCACAGAUUAUUUGAUUUGAUAAAAGUCGAUUUAAAGACAAGUUUAAAAUUCAAUGGAGUUGGUAAUGAUAUUAAUACCUUGGCAGCUGAGCCAGUUAUUAAUACUGCUAUGUUAUACAAUAUACUAUUUUUUUAAAGUUAAGCACCACUAAUUUGGUUCAAAGCCAUUUUUGGGACCAAAUAUUUUUUGCUAAACUUUUUACAGAAUGUUUAUUUGUUAGUUUUGAAAUUGUAAUAACCCAAACAGAAUAUAAAUCAAUAGUUUAACUCAAAUGGAAGUUCCAGCUAACUUUGUUAUCUGGUUAUGACUGUCACAUGAAAUUUCUUAAAGCUAAUGCGAUAUCUGAUAUCAAGUGAUUAAUAUUUUUUCAAUUUUAAGUAUAUUUAAUAGACUGCUUAUAGUUUAAGAGUGCUACGAUCUCUUACUAUGAUGGUAAAAAGGUAAUCUAGGCACAGACCGUCUUUCGGUUCUAUUUUUGCUUGAAACUUCCCAGAGUAUUUCCGAUGCAUUCAUGACAUGCACUAUUGGCACAAGGGAGCCUCCUGUUUUUGGGACAAUCAAAAAUCUAAGAGAACAGGUCUCUGUACUGUACAAGGGUGAAUUUAAAUCUUUUUAAAAAACUUUUAGUUUCAAUCCAAAAUUCCAACAAUGUAUACCUUUUCCACACAUCCCUGUUAAUAUACUAGUUAUUUAAUAACUAAUUUAUGGGAAAAGGAGUAAGUGAAUUCAGAGUUGAUAACUCUAUGGGAAUUUUUAAAAAAAAUAUGCCUGUUUUUUCCUUUUUAAAAAAUAUGCCUAAUUAAAAAUAUGCUUACUUGAAUACAUAAGUAUGAGACCUGUAUUGAUACCAUUAGAGCUGAGCAGUAACUUAAUAUUAUCAAUAUACUGGCAGUGACAUAACAUUUUCCUGUAUAUUGAGCAUCAUCUAUUUCACACAAAUGAUACAUUUACAAAAUAAAGAUUAUUUCCUCCAUCAGGAUGUAAAGAUCUGUGAUAGUUUGUGAAUGUUCACUAUAAAUAAAAUAAAGAUGAUUUUUUUUUAUUUUGGUUUGUUUGUUUUUUCCCUUCCCUAGCUUAAAUUCAUAAAUAAAAUGUAUACUGUUUCAGCAGUAAGUUGCAA